AUCCACUUUAAUUUAACUACAGAAUGAACUAGUGAACUACGAGCGAAGUGUUACUCAGUUAACUUGGUUAUCUAACCAGUGUGUGUGCGGUUGACCAUUGGCCGAGACGUAGUCACUCGCGAGAUUAUAAAAUACUCAAAUAAAUAACAAAAAUGAAGCUGUUCCCUGUGUUAAUUAUCUGCUUUAUUGCUUUCAUUUCUGUAGAAUGUAAAGACCUUGUAGUUGGGACUAGCUACCAGAAUCGAUUGAUUUGGCAACAAAAAGCCGAAUACAAUGCUAUACCACUCAAGAAAAGGGUGAAAGAAGUAUUCUUUUCAGAUCCUGGACAACAAAUUAUUAAGGGUAUCAUAGCUCGGGAUUUGGACAACACUCAAGCUAUAGCCACUAUCACAGCUGGAGGUAUUGGUUUCUCCUACGCUAAUCUCCGGCUGAAGAGCGAUCGCGGAUCAGGGCUAAACUACCAAAUAGAGAUUUAUGUCUAACAGCAUCACAAAUUGUACCUAUUCUACUUUUUAUUAUUAUUUUUACUUUGUGUACAAACAUAUAAUUAAGUUUAAUAAAUUUAUGCGCGCAAUAAAAUAUUAAUUGUGA